UAAUUCCUCUUUAUUUCUUAUAGUAUUUAAAACACCAUUAAUGUCUCUGAGUGUUUUUUCCAAGGAACAAAACUUUUUAUUAUCUACAGAUUUGUUAGAUUUUAAAUCUAUGUCUGAAUUUGCAAUAGGAAUUUCACAAUGCUUGAAAUCAGAUUUCAAUCUUUCUGCAUCUGUAUCGAUUGCAAGUGUAUGUUGAGCUGAAGAACAUAUAUCCCCACGCUUUUGUGAAGAAAUAUGUACAUUGGAAUUUAUCACAGUGAAGUUUUUUUCCUUUUCUAAAUCAUCUAUAACGGGUAAACAAAUACCUCUUCGUUUCCUAUGAUGAAUUGUAGAAAGACUAUUUUCUAAAGGAAUAGUAUUCUCAAUGCAAUUACAGAUAACAUUAAAUGUAUCCUUACAAUUAUUACGAACUAUUCUAUUACAUUUAAGACAUGAGUUAAUAAUCGAUAUAUCUUUAUUGUGAACUGAUAAAGUUUCCCUAUCUUUCAACGAAGAAUUAGGUGAUUUUUCGCAUUUAGAAACCAUGUGCUCAGCGGUUUUUAUUUCAUUCUCUAUUUUAUAAGCUUCAUUAACAAUACCUUCCUCUAAGCAAUCAGUAUUCUGUACGAUGUUAGUUAACAAAAACUGUUUGUCAGCUGUUACUUCCUCAGUUAUCAUCCUUGUAGACAUAUUUGAAGAUUGUGGUAAUGGAUCACAAUAAUAUUGCUUAAAAGAUCGAGGAGUAUCUGUAUUACUAAUGACAAUAACAUUUGAAUUUUGACUACUAACUUUAUCUAAACUUAGGUGUCUUGUUGGAUGAAAUUUAGUGUAAUAUAAUAACAUACUUAUAAGACCGAUUAGCAUACCCCCAACAAUAAAAAAUAUCAUUAAUAUCAAUAUAUCGAUUGUUAUUGUUUGUUUAAAAUUUAACAUAUAAAUCACUAACGAAGAUAAAUUUUCGAUCACUAUUAUCAAAUAAAAUGCAAAUACCUUAUAACGAGAUUUUCCUUCACAUAAAUUAAAAAAAUCAAAACAAUAAAUAAGCCCUAUAAUACAAUUAUAAAUACGUUCUUCCCAAAUAGUAGAACAAAAGUCUGUGUUUUGAAGAAUUACCCAAACAGUCAUAAAUAACCAAUGCAAGCCUGGAAGUAAGAGAAUUGAUUAUUUCUCUAAAACAUAAAUUUAAUGAUAUGAAUUUAUUAUAAGAUUUUAAAUUGAUAUAAACAAACUCACCAAGAAAUAAGGAAAACCAUUUUCUCAAACAAAUUGCUAUUAAUACUAAUACAGCUAGCCUUGAAGUUAACAUUCCACCUCUCCAAAGAUAUUGAAGCAUCAGUGAUAUCCAAGAUUCAUUAUUGUGAUUGGGAUUAAUUUUGUGCAUGGCUUUUAUAUAUGUUCCUAUGGCCCAAAUUAAAGAACAAAGAGAAGCCAUAGUUGACAUACCUAUAUUAAUAAUAUUUAAGUUCAUUACUAUAAAUGCAAUUGUAAUACAAAAGUAAUACAUAAUGAAAUAUUCAAAAACAAUAAAAAAUACAUGGUUGAUUGAAGGAUAUAUACAUAUAAUGCUUACAUAUUUUGUUCUGUUAUAGCUUCUGUAGUAUCUUAUUUUUAGCCUAUUAAAUGAUCACAGUGGUAGGAGUCUAAUGUAUUUUUAAAACUGAAAAGUAAGUGUUCCAUGCAUAGAUUUUAUAUCAGUAUAGCUAAGAAUAUUAUAAAAGAAUAGAUAGCAAAUUUUCAGAGAUAUACUCAUCCAAGUUUGUUAUCUUUGGGGGCGGGACAAAGGAUGUAAGGAAGGAAGACCCAAUCAUUUUAGUUUAGUUUAGCUGUUACUUCUCAAACUUGAUUUAACAUAUGAAUACUACUGUUCUUCAUAGUUUUUAAAAAUGAAUAGUUUAAAUAUUAUAUCGAAAUAAUAUCAUACCUAUAUUGUAUUUUUAUUGAUACUUAUAAAAUUAUUCAUAUAACAUAGCAUGAAACAAAUGUGUUUUUAUAUCUGUGUUACUUUUUUGCUGUGAAAAUAUACUAACUUCAUAAUAAGUAUUCAAUACAAACUUAUGUUUAAUCGCAAGAUUUGAUAUGGUUCAUCACACAGAUAAUAAAAACUUAUGGUUAAAAUUUAUGAAGUUCCUACAUUUUUAUAUAAAAAACAAAAUCAUAUUAUUGCAGAAAAAAGUUAUAUUACAAUUAAUAAUAAUUUUUACUAUAUUAUUUACCUUAUUAAUAACUUUGGAAAAACCAUGGCAUAAUUUGAGUGAAGAAAAUAAUGAAGUAGAAGCAUACAGCAUUGCAAAAGAUAUACAGCAAUAUACAGAACAAUAUGAUCAAAAGCUUGAGAAAAUUAUUGUUAGUAAUUUAGAUAUAGUUUUAUCAUCUACAGAACUGACUAAUAAGAGAAUAGAAUUAAAUGGAAGAAGACAAAAAAUAAAGAAUAUGUGUAAAAAUUAUACUGAUAAAGAGUUACAACAAAAUAGAAAUUUUCCUAAUAUAAUUAUUGAUACAAAACAUGGUAUAUCAUGGUGUCCUAUAUAUAAGGUGGGUAGUUCAACCUGGAUGAAGAAUUUUGCAAUACUUGCAGGUAUCUUAACAGAUACAACCAUGAAUUUAAUUCAUCAAAAUGCAAUUCAAAUGAAUACUAUUGUUAAACAAGCAUUUCCUUCCGAUUUAAAUCUAAAUAAAACACUUAAGAAAUUACGUGCUACUAAAAAAUUUUUAAUUGUACGACAUCCUUUCGAGCGUCUCUUGUCUGCAUAUAGAGAUAAGUUGGAGCAUAUGAAUGGAAGGGAAUAUUAUUAUAAACGAUUUGGACGGCACAUUACACAUAAAUAUCGUAAACACAAAAAUUCAACUAGAACCAAACUAGAACCUACAUUUGAAGAAUUUUUAGAAUUUAUUGUGCAUGAAAAGUAUUUUGAUGAACACUGGGCUCCAUAUUAUGAUACUUGCAAACCAUGCAUGAUUCAUUAUGAUUAUAUUCUCAAAUUUGAAACUUUUCAAGAAGAUCAUCGCUUUUUCAUGCAAGAGACUGGAUUAAAAUACUAUUUAUACAAAAAGAGUGGCUUUAAAAAUAUUAAUCCACAUGGUCGCACGACUAGCAAUUUAUUGAGAAAAUAUUUAGAAAAUAUACCAAAAUUACUCCUUCAGAAAAUAUAUAAAAUUUACGAGAAAGAUUUUAAAUUAUUUUCUUACUUUCCAGAUUUAUAUUAAGUUAUAUUAAAUAUAUAUGUAAGGGUUAAUAUUUUUUUGUAAUAAAUUAUACUCAACAAACUUACUUGUCCAAAUAGGUGCAUCGUGUAAUAUGACAAUAAUGUAUAACUGUAAUACAAGUUGUGGUGCUGCUCCCAUGAAAGACUUAAAUAAUUGUAACAUGCAAAUAUCACUCUCUUUUCUAUAUACUGACUUCUUAUCCUUUACAAAUUGUUUAUUUUUCAAUGAAUACACAGCAGUAUAUAAUAAAAUCAAAUAC